CGAUUUAUAUUUAUGAGCCUAUAUUCUACAUUAUCUCUCUUUCCUAUGAAGAAGAGUAUGUUCAUGAAUUUUGAAACUCGAAAUCUCUUGUAAUUAUUCUUGGUUCCCGCUGCUGGCUCGGCGUUGUUCUGCUUCUUAACCUAUACCUUUUACCACUUCCAUUCAAUAAUUUCGAUGGUGUUUUCAUCAGGUGAUUCCCCGGAUGCUAUCCGGAACCACUUGAUUGCUUUCAUUGGAGAGUUUGUGGGGACAUUCAUGUUCCUCUUCACUGCGUUUGCAGGUACUCAGGUUGCCAACGAGAAAACUGGUCCCGGAGUGGAUAGCCUUCUUUACAUUGCAGCUGCCUUCGCCGCUUCGGUAACUGUGAACGCAUGGAUCUUUUUCCGCGUCAGCGGUUCGGCCUUUAACCCCGUUGCUUCCCUUUCGCUAUGGCUUCUUGGUGCAAUAUCCCUCGCGAGAUUUGGUGUGGCAGCUCUCGCUCAUAUGGCGGCUGGCAUUGCGGCCUCGGCAGUUGUGGCAAUCCUAUUCCCAGGUCCUCUUACCGUUCAGGCCCGGUUAGGACCUGGAACAACUGUCGUGCAAGGCCUCUUCAUCGAGGCUUUUUUGACCGCCCAGUUGAUGAUCGCUGUCCUCAUGCUGGCUGUGGAAAAGCAGCGGGCCACAUAUCUAGUCCCUCUUGUGGUCGGCAUUGCUGUUUUCAUUUGCGAAAUUGCUGGUGCCCGCUAUAGUGGAGGAGCCCUCAGUCCGGCUCGUGCCUUUGGGCCCGAUCUUGUCUUGGGUGACUUCGCUCCAUACCAUUGGAUAUAUUGGGCUGGCCCGACCCUUGGCUCCCUCGCUGCAACUGGGUUCUUCUAUCUUCUAAAGAUGCUCAAAUAUGAAACCUGUAACCCGGGAGCGGACUCCGAUGGUCUGGAGCGCUUUGAUGGCCUAGAUUCCAAAGUAUAACUGAUUAUCCUUAUGAAUAUCCUCAGAGGUCGAUCACAAUUCAGACGCAUAGGAAAAUGGGCGGUGCAAAAGGGGACUCUAAUUCUAUCCAUAUGGUGUUGACAUCGGCUGAUGCUAAAAUUUUUGGGACAUCAAUCCUUUCCAUGAUUUUUACUCUGUACAU